CAAGGAAAACAACCUAGUCCUGUACAUAGAAUUUCCGGUCGCUAGUAUCUGAUGUUUCAACUGCCCCAUCUCCUCAACAGUUGAAGAACGCGGAAAUUCUGUCCGACCAUAGAUCUAGUUACAAUGGCAGCUCACGUUCGGACUUAUAAUCCAUCAGUUCGUGUAGGCAAUUGGAAUGAAGACAUCCAGCUGGAAGAGGACACCUUGAAAGAUUUCUUGGAAAGGAGGGCUAAUGGACAACUUCUCAUCCAGCGCUCAAGUGGCAUGAUGGGGAAGAUGAGUAAUCCAGUUCAGCUCAGCACCUCAUCUGAUGGGUGUGUCCGUUUUGGUGACACUAUUAUGGUUGUUAACAAAGGUAAUCCAGACCGCACAGUCUACGGUGUUGGCCAGUAUCCCAGAGAUGACAGUGCUUUGGCCAUCCACAUGCCUGAUGGAGCUAGCAUUGAUGGGCCUGUCCCUCUGUGUGUGACUGGAUCAAAGAAACUGGCACCAUGUUUCAGAACAGCUUUUAAAAUCAUGCCAGCUGAUGCCUAUGCCAAGAUCGGAGAUAAACUGCGCUAUGGACAACCAUUUUCUCUUGUGACUGCUGCAGAUGGUGCUGGUUCUCUGUUUUUGUUUUCCGACCAAGUUCUCUUCAACCGCUGCACAGACAAAGCCCGGCACCAGGUGGUGCAACUGGUCCCUGAGUGCUCCUUCAAAACUUCCUUCCAGAUUGAGCAUAAGAAUCCCCUUCUUCGCUUGGAAUUUGAGAAUGAGCCAGUGAUGGCCAAUGAGGAGUGCAUUAUUCAACACUGCAAAACUCACCAAAAUUUAUGUGUUGAGGAGAAACACUGCACACCGACUUUGUUUGGAAAUGAGUAUGAAAUCUCGGCGCACACCAAUCUUGACAGCCACAAAGCAGAUCUGCCUGUGAACCGUUGGAUGUUAGUCAUGGCUGUGGCUGGUGAUCCAAACUAUCCCUUGGCCCUCAGCCAGACUGGGGAUCAGGUAGCAGCAGAGAUUAACCCUUCAGUCUAGCCAUCAGUUUAGUCAUUGUCAAGUGUAAAAGAGACAAUUCAAGCUUUGGAGAGAUAUGAGUAUGUUUGAGUACCUUGCUGAUGCUCCUCAAGGAGUAUUCGUGGGUCUACUUCAUUAAUUGAAGAACAAAAAAUUUAACUCAAAUGACAACUUUCCCUUUUUUUCUCCCAACCCAAAAUUUUUAAAAAUAUUCGAUAACACUUCCUCAUCCAUUAUGUAUGUUAUCAAUAACAACACUUUCAAACAAUGAUGUGUUAUGUAUUUUUGUUUUCUAUGGGUUGUCAAUAUUUGAAACUCAAGUGUAGGGAAAUAUUGGUUCAGAGAAUGUUUUUCUUAAUUUACAAUAGCAUGUAAAGCAAUAUAUACAUUGUGCACGUAAUGUGUGGGGAACAAAUAAAAUGUUUAACUUUUUCUUUUCCUGAAUGAAGUUCCAAUUGUUUUUUGUUGUGUUUUUUUUCAAUUAUAUAUAUAUUUAACAACUUUUGCUCCCGUAUUUCAUGAUUGAGAAGGUUAGGAGAAAAACCUCUGAUUUUAAUUAAAAAAGGUUCUUUUGUCAUUAUUUAUAUUGUUGUGUUUCAUCAUAUUGCUGUGGGUUUUGUCUUUUUAAUGACAUACCUCAUAAUGAAACCUGAAGUUUUCUAUGACUUACAUGUCAUCCUGCCUGAUUUUAGCUCAAUAAUAAAAUGUCAGUGUUGCAUAUUUUCAUCAGUUAUAGUCUUCUUGGAAUGUACAAAACAAACUGUAACAGAAAAUCCUGAAAAUAAUGUUCUUUGAAUGAAGAUUUUUUUAAAAUCUGCAUAUGUGUACACCUGUAUAGCCCUUGUCAACGCUAGGGAAAUAAAACAAAGCCGUGACAUAUUGUUAACCAAGUGUUAAUUCAUGAUUGCCUUUCAAAAGUUCACAAAAAAUAGAUGCACUUU